UGUGCUGUCGUGGCUGCUCAGGGGCACGCCGUCCCGGGGUAUAACUGUUACCCUGGUCUCCCGUUGAAAUCCGACCGAGGCUUCCGAUUGCCGUUUCCCGCAGGACUCGGUGCUCCCAUCCCUGCCCUCCACCCGGCUGAGCUGGAGCCCUUGGCGCUGCGCUUCAUAGCCAGGCACCUUAAUGGAAGCAGAAGUUGAUGGUGGCCCGAGUUGGAGCUUAAACUGAGGGCUUUAGCAUUUAAGGAGUAUAAUACUUUAGUGUGAUUCUUAAGUGUAGUCUGACAUGCUUUGACAGAAAGAAGUUCGGGAAAAGGUAUAUUUGUGGGGUUAAAAGAGUUGAACUGAAGCUGAAUAAAACAAGGACUGAAAAUUAAAGGAUGGCAGCAAAUCCGUCAGGACAAGCAAGGCUACAGCAUACCUUACGUGCUACUAAAUUAAAGACUUCGACAAGGUCUGCUUCUAUCCUGGUGGUUGUUUAUCCUUUUGGCCUAAAGCUGCCUUGAACGGGUCAUUUUGUGUUGAACCUCUUGUGUCUACAAGGCAGAGAAGAAUAUUAGUGAACUGCGAUAUUCGUGAACUGUUUGAACUCAAAAUAGUACUGCAACUUGGCCAAGUUAAGUUUGAACUUGAAGCUUUAUUAAGAAGCUGCUAUGUUUGAAAAUCUACGCUUCCUUUCACAGGUUUCCAGAAUAAAAAUAGGGUUGCAAUCCUGGCAGAACUAGACAAGGAGAAGAGAAAGUUACUUAUGCAAAACCAGUCUUCCACAAAUCACCCUGGAGCCAGCAUUGCACUUGCAAGAUCACCUCUGAACAAGGAUUUUCGUGAUCAUGCUGAGCAGCAACACAUCGCAGCACAACAGAAGGCUGCACUGCAGCACGCACAUGCACAUUCCUCAGGAUACUUCAUAACUCAAGACUCUGCAUUUGGAAAUCUUAUUCUUCCAGUCUUACCUCGACUUGAGGCAGAAUGAGGAAUCUUGUUUCUCAGAACUGCAAGGGUCUGAUUUUGGCCAUACCAGGAACUGCCUGACCUUUAAUUUCUUUACUUAUCUUGAAACCUAAUUUUUUCUGGAUUUCUGCGGUUGCCUUUUAGGAGUGUCAGCCCUAGUGAUGAAAAAGCAAUGUUGUUGAACAGUGAUUUUUAUCUUGUAUUUCUGUUCCUGUGUCAGGUCAAAAUCAGACAUAAGACUUCCUUGAUGCGUUAAGUGCAUAGGAAUUGCUCUUCCCUAUUUCUGUGCUUCCUUUAAAUAAAUAUCAAACCAGAGUCAUCAA